AUGGAUGAUGAAGACUUCACUGAUUUGCUUUUGGUCAUUGAAGUCAAGAAUGCACUUACACGUGUUCUUCAGGGUCAUGAUUCUGCUCAUUAUGAAGAACUUGUGGGAAUGAUGCAUAAUAGCGAUCAUCACUUGAAUUGUGACGAGGCGGCGACACUUGUGACAUGUUUGAAGACUUUAAAGCAGGCAGUUUCUUGGAUUGAUGUUGUUCAGCAUUGCUCUCUUCUGGAAGUUAUUUUCGCAAUGAGCUUGUGGAAGUACGACACUUAUGUAAUGGACUCUUUAGUGGAGCUAAUUAUCUCUUUGGCCUCAUCUACUAGUCCAAACUGUUUAGAUUCGUGUUUCGACAUGUUGGUUUGUAAUUUUGUGCCGCCUAUCUAUCUCCUGGAGUCUUUGAAUGAGCCGUGUGGCGUUGGGAAAAAGGAUCAGGUACUCGAUCGUGUUCAUUCAGCAUUGAAAGACAUAUGCGAUUUAUUUCCUCUUUCUCCUUUGAGACUGGAGAGGAUGAUUAGGCAUAGAAUGCCAAGCGUAUACGAGAGUCAACCCGUAAUCCUGAUAUAUGUGGAGAACAUGCUAAGAUUAGAGGGCGGAGCAAUGGGUGAAAUUAUUGGGAGUUCAAUGCUCAAUGCAGUAAUAGACAGACUGAUCGAUUUGGAUAUGGGGACAUUUUUGAAUGAAAGAGUGGUACAUGAUGAUGGUUUUUUUGACAAAGGUGUUUUUGGUGGAUGUGCCAUGGCUGAAAAGUUAGACAGUUUGAUGGUUUUGACAUUUGAGUAUCUUAAACUCUCCAACAAAAGAGGCCGUUUGCAGCUUGUUUUCGAUAUCCUUCUCCAGUCAUUUCAUAAAACGGUUCUGAAUGCGAAUGAAUCCAGGUUCGCGCAGUUUGUGAUCUUCUACGCGUGCUCUUUGGAUCCUGAAAAUUGUGGAGAACAAUUUGCAUUCAGUCUUCUAGAAAUAUUUUUAGGCAGUUGUGUUCCACAACAGAGAAUGAGCGCGGUUGCCUAUCUCGCUAGUUACUUAUCUCGAGCAUAUUUUGUCUGUUAUUCUCUGGUGAUCUCUAUGUUAGAAAAACUGGCCUUUAUGUAUGUCCUUCGCUUCCAUAUGAGACAUAUGGCUUUGGUCCCCCGUCUCAAAUAUCAACUCAGUCGGAUGCAGAUUGAUGAAAUUUUGAAGCAUCCAUUGAAUCCAUUGGAGGCCUGCUCCCCAUCAGUAGUGAAGAAAUUCGUCUGUGUUGCUAGAUACUACCGCGUAAUUUCUGUACCCAAGAAGAGCUCGGCUCGCAGUAAGCAAGAUUAUGAGGAUGAGAAUGAUGAUGAAGAAAAUAGAAACACUGAAGCUACUUUCGUCCCAAUGAAAAAAGCCCCAUCUAAUGGUAGCCUUAAUUUCCAGCAAACCAACAACGGCUUUCCAUUGAAAUCUCGAGAUGGCUAUGGAUUUGUGAUUUUGGAUAACGUAUGGUAUGCAUCAUCAGGAUUCAGGCAUAUUGACGCCGGCAUGACCUCCCAUUCUGAAAAGUCUAAGAAACUGCUGCAAAUCUUCAUUCCCCAGCAUAAUUCAUGUGCUUUAAUGGUUCGAGAUUACAAGUUCAAUGCAAAUCUUCAUUCGCAGUAG